AUGCACAAACAGGAGCUUCAGUUCAAGAUCGAAGCGAUCAAGGACUUUGAGUUGUUUCGAGGAUGGUUCAUGCCUAGGAAAUGGCGGGACCGUAAGCUCAUGUUCUACACCAUGGCAGCUGAGAUUCCUUUCUGCAUUACCGUCCUGACCUUGACCGGUAUUGCCUCUCACAACACAUAUACCUCAUUGCUAUGGGCGGACGGCUAUAAGAACGGCUUCAACAGUUCGCCCGAUGAAUCGCUCUACGCUGCUGCCAACUACCGGCCCUACAAGGCGCCUCUGGUCUGGUCUUCUUUCCUAACCGACUUCAAUCUGGUUAUUGGUGUCCUGAGUGUCUUCUUCCUGCUUGUCAAAAUCCCUGUUCAUUCCUUGCACUUGCUAUUCCCACCUAUUGCAGCCGCUAUCAAUGGCGGCUCUGUGGUCAUCUAUGCAUUCGCAGCCCGGUAUCAAGCUGGUCCUGAUAUGUCAGAUCCAACACACCCUCAACCCGGCCCACCGUGGUACAUCACCAAGAGCUGCAGUGUCGCCGCUUCGAAGAGCAAUAUUGGAUUCUGUAUGCAAGCAAAGUCUCUCUUUGCAGUGUGUUGCAUCCUCACUCUGAUUUACACUUUUGAGUUUUUUGUCAGCCUCCGUUCCUGCUUCAUCACCCACGCCGAGCGUGACGAGAUCCUCGAGGCCCGCGAAGACAGACGUGUGGAGAGAGAAUUUGAGGAGGAGGUUCUCAAGUCCCCCUUCUACGCCACAACACCCGGACUUGUCCCUCGUACUCCCGGUUUCCCACCUUUCGUGGCUCAACCCGCUGGCACUGGUGGUGUCGGCGGUGUAUACCCAUUCACACCACGUCACCUCGCUUUCAAUCGUAUUGGUAGCGAAGCCUCUGACCUUCCACUGCGAAGCAAGGAAGUGCAAUCCUCCCCCACUGCAUCAUCGGCGAAUGUGUCUCCAGAUGGAUCCCAGACGCAAAUGUACUUCCCACCUCCACCUAAGAAAGCAUCAAAAUGA